UAAGACAGUUCUCAAAUUUUUUUCCAGUAUACGAAAUUCUAGAUCUAAUAUAGAUAUGUUAACAUUAAAUAAGUGGAUAUUUGCAUUAAUUAUUUGUUUCACAAUUGUCAAAAAUUCAUCCGGACUAUCUAGUAAUUCUUCUCUUCGUGGGCAUGGAGAUAAUUGCAGUACAGAUAGCGAAUGUGCUUCAAUAAACGGUCGUUGUUCAGAUAAGCAAAGAUGUGUUUGCAAACCUUUAUAUGAUUUUUUAUUUGGAAAAUGCACUGCAGUUCUUGGCGCCCAUUGUGAAAAACCUGCAGACUGUAACAUUGAAAAUGUCUCUUGCUUAGACAAUAAAUGUUUUUGUCCAGAAAACAUGCAUUUAGCUAGAAAUAAAACUUCUUGUAUAAAAACUGCUAUAGCUCUUGGCGAUCUUUGUGAACAAACUGGAGAUUGUCAGAAGAUUAAACAAUCAAUUUGUUCUAAUAGCAAGUGUGAGUGUGUAAAUAAUUAUUUUGAACAGAACAAACUAUGCGUUAAAGGAAUAGGCGCAGAUUGUACACAGGAUUUCGAGUGUAAGGUAAUUGGUUCAGAGUGUACUGAAAAAAAAUGUCACUGCUUAGAAAAUAUGCAUUUAGCUAAUAAUCGAUCCCGUUGUGUAAGAAAUGCUAUUGCUGUCUUCGAUUACUGUGAAAAAAAUGAUGAUUGUAAAGCCAUAAAGCAUACAAGUUGUUUAAGUAACAAUUGUGAGUGCCAAGAUCCGUAUUUUGCAAGUAAUGAACAAUGCGUUGCAGAACUUGGCACUCCUUGCAACAAACCUACGGAUUGUAACAUUGAAAAUGUCUCUUGUUUAGGCAACAGAUGUUCUUGUCCAGAAAACAUGCAUUUAGCUGUAAAUAAAACUUCUUGUAUAAAAAAUGCUACAGCUCCCCUCGAUUACUGUGAAAAAGAUGAUGAUUGUAAAGCCAUAAAUCAUACAAGUUGUUUAGAUAACAAAUGUAAGUGCAAGGAUCAGUAUUUUGCAAGUAAUGAACAAUGCGUUGCAAAACUUGGCGCACCCUGCAACGAUCCUAUAGAUUGUAACAUCGAUAGUGUCUCUUGUUCAGAAAAAAAAUGUUCUUGUCCAGAAAACAUGCAUUUAGCUAGAAAUGAAACUUCUUGUAUAAAAAACGCUACAGCUCUUGGCGAUCUUUGUGAACAAACUGGAGAUUGUCAGAAGAUUAAACAAUCAAUUUGUUCUAAUAGCAAGUGUGAGUGUGUAAAUAAUUAUUUUGAACAGAACAAACUAUGCGUUAAAGGAAUAGGCGCAGAUUGUACACAGGAUUUCGAGUGUAAGGUAAUUGGUUCAGAGUGUACUGAAAAAAAAUGUCACUGCUUAGAAAAUAUGCAUCUAGCUAAUAAUCGAUCCCGUUGUGUAAGAAAUGCUAUUGCUCUUGGCGAUUUUUGUGAACAAACUGGAGAUUGUCAGAAGAUUGAACAAUCAAUUUGUUCUAAUAGCAAGUGUGAGUGUGUAAACAAUUAUUUUGAACAGAACAAACUAUGCGUUAAAGGAAUAGGCGCAGAUUGUACACAGGAUUUCGAGUGUAAGGUAAUUGGUUCAGAGUGUACUGAAAAAAAAUGUCACUGCUUAGAAAAUAUGCAUUUAGCUAAUAAUCGAUCCCGUUGUGUAAGAAAUGCUAUUGCUGUCUUCGAUUACUGUGAAAAAAAUGAUGAUUGUAAAGCCAUAAAGCAUACAAGUUGUUUAAAUAACAAAUGUGAGUGCCAAGAUCCGUAUUUUGCAAGUAAUGAACAAUGCGUUGCAGAACUUGGCACUCCUUGCAACAAACCUACGGAUUGUAACAUUGAAAAUGUCUCUUGUUUAGGCAACAGAUGUUCUUGUCCAGAAAACAUGCAUUUAGCUGUAAAUAAAACUUCUUGUAUAAAAAAUGCUACAGCUCUUGGUGAUUUUUGUGAGAAAGCUGAAGAUUGUCAUAAUGUUAUGCACUCAAAUUGUUCUAGUAGUGAAUGCAAGUGUAUAAAGAAAUAUGUGGAACAAGACGAACAAUGUAUUGCAACGAUCGGAACUCCGUGUAAACAAAAUGAAGAUUGUCAACUUUCUAAUACUGUAUGUGACAGAAACACUUGUCAGUGUGAAAAGCUAUUCGUUGAAUUGAACAAUGAACAAUGCCUGAAGAUUUCCAGUUAUGGAAAUCCUUGUACCGACCGAAAACAAUGUGCCUGUGAAAAUUACCCCAAUUGUUUCCUGAACAAGACUUAUAUCGAUCUUGUUUGUUCAAAAAAAUGCGAAUGUCCAAAAAAUUACCACUAUAUUCCAGAAAAAUUCUCUUGCGUUCGUACUGCAGAAGCUUUGAAUGACUUGUGUGAUACUGAUGACAACUGUAAAUUACUAAGAUAUUCAAUUUGCUCUAAUAAAAAAUGCGCAUGCGCGGAAAAUCAUUUUGUGCAAAACGAAGAAUGCGUCAAAGGAAUUGGCGCCGAUUGUUCACAUGACAGCAACUGUCGAGUGAUUAAUUCUCGUUGUACCACCGCCAAAUGCCGUUGCUUGAAAAACAUGCAUUUAGCUCUAAAUAAAACCUCUUGUAUAAAAAACGCUACAGUUGCCUUUGAUUUCUGUGAAAAAGAUGAAGAUUGUAGUUUCAUAAUGCAUACAAGUUGUAUAGAUUAUAAAUGUAAGUGCAAGGAUCAGUAUUUUGCAAGCAAUGACAAAUGCGUUGCAGAACUUGGCGCCCCCUGCAACAAACCUACAGAUUGUAACAUUGAAAAUGUCUCUUGUUCAGACAAAAAAUGUUCUUGUCCAGAAAACAUGCAUUUAGCUGUAAAUAAAACUUCUUGUAUAAAAAACGCUGCAGCUCUUAACGAUUUCUGUGAAAGAAAUGAAGACUGUAAUUCCAUAAUGCAUACAAAUUGUGAAAAACAUCAAUGCGUAUGCGCAAAUAAUUAUUCUCAGAAAAAUGGAAAAUGCGUUGGAAACCUCGGCGCUUCUUGCAGCAGUUCUGCAGAUUGUGAUACAGAAAAAAAUUCAAAGUGUGUUGAUAAUAAAUGUGUAUGCAUCGAAAAUUACUUUUUAUCUGAUGGUCGAUGCAAACAAGGUUUAAACACACAUUGUUCACGUGACGAUGAUUGUUCGGCGGUAAUGAAUGCACGUUGUAUUAAGGAAACUUGUAAUUGUAUGGCUCAUAACGUUCAAGUAUCAACUGAACGCUGCAUGCCAGUUUCUUUUUUCAACGAAGAAUGUGACUACGACGUGCAAUGUACUGAGCUCACACCAAAUGCAGUUUGUAAAUCAUUACAAACAGCAGAUGGCGCUGAGGGCGAGAAAAAAAAGUGUCAAUGCAGCGCCGGUCAACACUAUCAAGGCAAUGGCUGCUAUGCAAUUAAAAAAUUAGGCGAAAAUUGUGAUAAUUUAUAUGAAUGUUUCGUCACAUCCAACCCUGAGACGGUUACAUGUCAAGGUCAAUGCGUUUGUGCUGAAAAAUAUAAGAAACUAAAUGAUACUUUCUGCAGUGGCGCUGAAAGUAUUGUCGCUUCAAUUUUAUUAAUAAUUUCAAUGUUUACUAUAAAAUAUAUUUUUUAAUAAAAUAGUAUUGUUAUAAUGUAAUUUUUUUCGACAAUUUAAUAAACAUAUUUCAAGUGUUUUUUA